AGCUCAGCUUCAGAUUGUUCAAUUUCUUAUUUUGCGAUAGCUUAUCUGGUGCUUUAUAAUGCGCGUGGAGGCGCUCCGUUAAUUUUUCGCAAGAGGCUCGCUGAAGAUGAGAAAAAAAUAAUGGCAUGCUGGUAUAUGCUGUCUUUGUUUUCACCUCGUAAUACACCUCUUCCACCUCUUACAGCAUUAAUUCCAAAACUAUUUUGGAUUUAUUUUCCUACAUUAUUUAUUGAAGAAUUUAUGCAUUUUUUCCUUUUGAGGCAUUUUGUUCAUAUUCGUAAUUCUACAUGCUUUACCAUUCGAGGAUGUCCCGCUCCGGAAGGUACAAAAGAUGAAGACUGUUGUGUAUGUUAUGGUGUCGGCGUGGGUUCCAGUGCGACAUCCUUUUAUUCAGAACAGGAUAAUGAUGAAAUUGUGGAUGAGGAUUCGUUAGGGAUUCUAGAAAAUUACUGCAAGGUUCCUCAUCACGUAGCCCAUCGACCUUGUCAAAAUCUGAAUUCAAGGCUGACGCAAAUCAAAUUGUUAAGACCAAUGCCGACGUGUCCAAGUUGUCGUGGAAAGUUGAUGGUUGAUAUUCUCCAAAAAGAUUUAUUAGAAGAAGAGGAAGUUAUAGGAAAACGGAACAAUACUAAUAAAUGGCUGGUCAAACUUAGAUCUUUAACAAGAGAAUGGCUUAAUAUAAUGAAUUGGAAAUGCUCCUUGUAUAACUUGUACGUAAAAGAAAAGAAUAAUAAAAUGCUUCGUCAGCAGAUUAAUGGAGGCUUUGGGAUUCAACAAGAAGUCUCACAAGUCCCUGUUGUCAGUACAGACUUGAAGUUUGUCUGUGUACCUCAAAAUUUAUCAAGUUCAUCUGAAAAUCCGGUACCUCAGCAACUCUUUUCUCCCGCACCUUCUUCUCCUAUUACCUCAUUCGAUUACCUUGACUCUGUAACACCGGAUGAUAUUCCUGAGUUCAAACAGUACAAUAAAGAAAAGUAUGAGAGUGCAAAGUCGGGCAGUCGUAGAAGGCGCAAACCAACACGUGAAGAAUGUGACACUGCUUCUUCAUUGGAUGGGUAUGAAGAGGAAGACGGCAACAGGCAAUUUUUAUAUCCUUCCGUGACACAUGCCGAAUUUCGCCGCCAAAUACAUAUUCAAUCUGAACAAAGACGACGCGCAGAAAUUAAAGAUGGUUUUGAACAACUUCGCCGUCAACUUCCUUUUAAUACGAACGGGCGCAAAAUGAGCAAAGCUACACUGCUUCAAAAAA